AUGUACAUCACCCUCUUCUACCUCGUCACCCAUCUCCCUAACUCUCUUCGCUCAGUCAUGGACCACUUUCUCUCCCUUUGCCCCACUGAGCUCACAGUCGACAUGCUCGAGGAGCGCCUCACUGCAGCUGAGACUAGCAUAGUCGAUGUAGGAGCUUCUCGCGGCGAUCCUCGUGCCCCUUUCUUUGAGGGGUGUUCCCCCGUUCCCCUUUUCCCCUCUGUUGCUUCUGCUGCUGCUGUCAACCUCGUUGGCACCGAGGCGGUCGGGGCUGCGUCUGCUCCUAGUGGGAGGUGCCGCAGCGGCAGGAGCAAGGGGAGCAAGGGUGCUGGAGGAGACGGCGGGGGCAGCGGUGGUGGCGGUGGAGGUGGAGGGGGUGGGAGUGGAGGUGGGGGUGGUGGCGGGAGUGGGGGCUUCGGUGGCGGUGGUGGAGGUGGAGGCGGCGGAGGCAGCGGCAGUGGGGGUGGCGGUGGCGGCGGCGGCAACGGCGGUGGGGGUGCCGGCGGCAGUGGUGCAGGUCGGGGUGGCGCUGUGCAGCGGGGAGGCUUUGGCGGUGGCCAGCGCCAGCAGCAGCCGCGUUCCCGUGAGGCCCCGUCGCCCCAGCAGCUUCGUGAGUGGUACGCUAGGCGUGGGAGGUCUGGGGGUACUGGUCCCUGCGCUUACGUUCUCCGCACCGGCGAGCGCCGUGGGGAGACGUGCGGGCUGCCACACGCGACAAAGCGCUGUUUCGGUCGCGUGACUGACGCCUCGCGCGCACAGUUUCCUGACGCCACUAAGCUCCCUCUCUGGGCUGAUGUGCUUAAGUCUGGUGUUGCUAUCUUUGAUCUUCAUUAUGAUGCUAUCCUUGCUGCCAUCUAUGCUGUGACUAUUAGUGCUGAGGGUGACUGUUACCUGUGUGUGCCGCUCGACCCAGGUCCUGCACCUGGUGAGGCCUUGCACACUUUCACGCUUGACUCACGUGCUUCCCGCUCAUUCUUUUUCGACUGCACCACACUCACGCCGCUCAGUCGGCCGGUUGCUGUCUCCCUAGCGGACCCCUCUGGGGGCCUGGUCCUUGCGCACUCCUCUACGGUUCUGCCAUGUCCGGCGGUCCCGUCUGGCUCACUGUCGGGUCUUCACCUCCCUUCGUUCUUUACGAACUUGGUCAGUGGAGCUGACCUCCAGGACGUGUGGGUUGACCAGUUCACUCCUGGAGGUGAGCGGGUGACCCACUAUACGUAUACUCGGAUGGGCCGCCACCUGGCCACGUUCACCCAUCAGCCUGGGUCGAGCCUGUACACGCCGACUACUGCGUCUCCUCCGAUUGUUGAGUCUAGUCAGGUAGCCGCAUCUGGUCAGGUGUUUGCUGCCGCGUCCAGGUCUGGUCCGAAGUCUGCCCCCUGCUCGUGUCGUCUCCUAUCACACCAGACUCUCCUUUGGCACCACCGCCUUGGUCACCCCUCCCUGCCUCGUCUCCGAGGGACGGCGCGCGCCGCCCCUCACUCCUCCGAGUUCCCUCCGACGGAGGCUCCUUUGCAGACUCUCCACAUGGACGUGUGGGGCCCAGCCCGUGUCCGUGGACAGGGUCACGGGCGUUACUUUCUGCUGGUCCUUGACGACUACUCGCGUUACACCACAGUCUUCCCCUUGCGCCACAAGGGUGAGGUCACUGAGGUGCUGAUCACUUGGAUCCGCGCUGCCCGUCGCCAGCUCCGCGAGAAUUUCGACUCGGACCUUCUUCUGCUGCGUCUGCACUUCGACACAGGUGGAGAGUUUUCCUCCGACCUUCUGCGGGCCUUCUGUCGUGCGGAGGGCAUCCGCCAAACGUUCACGCUUCCGGCCUCCCCACAGCAAAAUGGGAUUGCUGAGCACCGCAUUGGCAUGGUCAUGGACGUAGACACUGUCGAGCCUGUCGAGGUAGUUGUCAAGUUUGGUGUUGCUAGGGGUGCUGAGCCUGCGGGUGCGGGGCCUAAGGGUGCGGAGCCUAGGCGUGUGGAGCCUGUGGAUGCUGAGCUUGGGGUUGCUAAGUCUGCAGGUGCGGAGCCUGGGGGUGCUGAGCCUUGGGUUGUUGAGUCUGAGGGUGCGGAGCCUGGGGAUGCUGAGCCUAAGCGUGCUGAGCUUGGAGGUACCUUGUCCUCUGGAGGUCCUCCGGGUGUCUUGUCUCGACGGGAGCCACUCUCUCCACCGCAGCUGCACGAGUGGUUUGCUCGUCGCUGGAGCCGUGCUAUUGGAGCUGGGAAGCCUGCGGCUAGGGGUGCUACUGGCACUGGAGGUACUCCUGGUGCUGUAGCAACUGAAGGUGCUGGCGGCGCUCGUCCCAGAGGUGCUCGUACUGGAGGUCACGAAGCUACUGGAGCCGGAGGUGCUACUGGAGCUGGAGGUACUGCUGCUGCUAGAGCUGCUGGAGGUACUGGAGCCGCUGGUCCCAGAGGUGCUCGUACUGGAGGUACUGGAGCUGCUAGGGCUGGUGGUGCUGCAGGAGUUGGAGCUGGGGGUGCUCGAGCUGUUGCUACUAGAGGUGCUGCUGGAGCUGGAGCUGCUGGAGGUACAAAAGCUGGUGGUGCUGCAGGAGUUGGAGCUGGAGACCCUGGAGGUGGGGGUACUGGCGCUGUCUCUGCUGGUUCUGGAGGCGCUACACGGCCGCGGCCGUACUUCGUUCCACUCCUUCAGCAGAUGGCACUUCGUCCUUCCUCAGUUCCACUGCGGCUCCCUCUGCCAUCUCCUCCUACGUCCUCCAUUGCUGACGGUCCGGACCCCGAGUCUGACUCACUUCGUGCUGCCAGCCCUACUGUCACGCGUCUGCUAGCUACUGUUGUCACUGACCCUUCCUUUACGUCCACUGCUGCGUCUGCCUUAGUUGCUGAGCUUGUUGGCUUUGGUGCUCGUUGUCGUCUCGACUACGCCACUAGUCUUGUUGCUGAGUCUGAGUCUGUCUGUCCUCCGUCUGUCGGGGGUGAGUGUGCUCUUGGCAUGGACGUGCUUGAGGACAGGCGGGAGGACUUUGAGUGCUUUGCAGCUGCUGUACCUCAUCUCGUGUCCAUGAUGUUUUCUCCUGAGGGAAACCCGGAUGCACCAGACAUCCCGACCCCGCGCUCUUACGUAGAGGCGAUAGAGGGUCCCUACUCCUCUCAGUGGCAGUCAACCAUGGACGCAAAGAUGGCAUCCUGGAAGUCUACAGGCACUUACUGGAGCCUCCAACGGCCAGUCUACGGUCUCUGCCAGGCGCCUCGUGGGUGGAACGACACACUGAGGACGACCCUUGCGGCUCUUGGCUUUGCUCCUUCUACUGCUGACCUGUCGCUGUUUCUACGCAACGACACUUCGCUGCCGCCGUUCUACAUCCUCGUGUAUGUCGACGACUUGGUUUUUGCCACUGCUGACACUGAGGCACUGACUCUAGUGAAGUUGGAGCUGCAGAAGAGACACACGUGCACAGACCUCGGUGAGCUGCGCAGCUACCUUGGCUUGCAGAUCAUCUGGGACAGAGCACGGUGCACCAUUACCUUGACUCAGUCACACAUGGUGCAGCAGGUCUUUCAGUGCUUCGACUUCAAGUACUCCUCGCCACAGUCUACUCCUCUGCCUACCGGUCACUUGCUCUCAGCUCCACCUUCGGAUGAGUCCGUAGAGCCGAGUGGCCCGUAUCCAGAGCUUGAGGGUUGUCUCAUGUACCGGAUGAUAUGCACUCGACUUGACCUUGCUUACCCUCUUAUCUUCCUUGCACGCUACGUUGCGCCCGCAAGACACCGACCAGAGCACUGGAAGGCCGCUAAGAGGGUGAUGUGCUACUUGUGCAGUACGUGGAGCAUGGGGCUCGUGCUUGGAGGACGGGGUCCAGUUGUCCUCACUGGUCACGCAGACGCGUCUUGGGUUGACAGCUUGGCUACGCAGCGGUCGUCACAGGGUUACACCUUCGGGCUUGGCUCCGGUUCUGUUUCGUGGCGAUUUACCCGCUCGUCUUGUGUUCUCAGCUCCAGUUGUGAGGCUGAGAUCUACACAGGGGUCAUGGUUGCACAGGAGUUACGCGGGCUCACCUAA